AUCUUGAUGCGGUUCCGGAGGAGAAACGAACGGAACGAGCGGUGCGAGAGGGUGAUGGGAACUGGGGGAGUGAGUGAUGCUGACCUUUGGCUGAUGGAAGAGACAGCCAUGCACGUUUGCACAGUGACGAACCGCCAAGGAUGCGGGAUGGUGGAGUGGUAGAAAGUCAAGUCAAGUCGACCAAGGCCCAAGGGUCACGAUGCCCCUCUUCUAGCUGCCUGCUCUCUGAUAUAAGUAGUCGAGACCUUCUUGUAAGUCGACAGAGAUCAGCCAAGUCUUGUUUGACUUUCCUUCUUCUUUUAGUCCAGUCGAGCAAUUGAUCAAACAGUCAAGAUGGGUGUCGUCGAGCUCCUCUUUACACCAUACACUCUGCUGGCCAUCCCAAUCCUCUUUUACCUUCUUCCCUACCUGCGCAACUGGUCUAUCCGCGAUGUACCUUCACCCUUCCCGGCAGCCUUUACCAACCUCUGGCUCAUGUACCAAUGCCGCCGAGGUAGACGGUACCUCGCUGUAGACGCUGCACACAAGGAACUCGGCACAUUCGUCCGCAUCCAACCUCACCACGUCUCCAUCGCAGACCCAGAAGCCAUCCCCAUCGUCUACGGCCACGGCACUGGCUUCCUCAAGAGCGAAUACUAUGACGCCUUUGUCAGCAUCCAACGCGGCCUCUUCAACACACGCGACCGCGCCGAGCACACCAGAAAGAGAAAGACUGUUUCCCACACCUUUAGCUCAAAGAGCAUUGGCCAAUUCGAGCAAUACAUGCAUCACAACCUCGACUUGUUGGUAGCGCAGUGGAACAAGAUGGCCAAGAUGGCUGACGGCAAGUAUGCCAAAUUCGACGCCCUGACGUGGUUCAAUUACACAGCCUUUGACAUUAUUGGCGAUCUCGCUUUCGGUGCUCCCUUUGGCAUGCUAGAGAAGGGCGCUGAUAUCGCCGAAAUCCGCGAGUCACCCGACGCACCUCCCAAAUUCGCUCCUGCCAUCGAAGUCCUCAACCGCAGAGGUGAAGUCUCGGGCACAAUCGGCUGCUGGCCCUGGAUUAAGCCCUACGCUGCCUAUCUCCCUGAUCCUUUCUUCACAAAGGGCGUACAGGCUGUACAGAAUCUCGCCGGCAUUGCCGUAGCACGCGUAAAGCAACGUCUAGACAAUGCCGACAACAUCGACCGCGUCGACCUGCUUGCCCGCCUCAUGGAAGGAAAAGACGAACACGGCAACAAACUAGGCCGUCAAGAACUAACAGCCGAAGCGCUGACCCAACUCAUCGCCGGCAGCGACACAACCUCAAACACCUCUUGCGCUCUCCUCUACCACUGCCUAGCCAACCCCCACGUGGUCAAAAAACUGCAACAGGAACUGGACGCCGCAAUUCCUCAAGGCACUCAAGUCCCCGUAUUCGAGCAAGUGAAAGAUUUGCCCUAUCUGGAUGCCGUAAUCAAGGAAACCAUGCGCAUCCACAGUACUUCUUCCCUAGGCUUGCCCAGAGUGGUUCCUCCCCAAGGUGCAGAAGUCUGCGGAAGACAUUUCCCCGGCGAAACCGUACUUUCGGUGCCGGCGUAUACCAUGCACCACAGCAAGAAAAUCUGGGGUCCCGACGCCGACGACUUCGUCCCCGAGCGUUGGGAGAAAGUGACUGAACUACAAAAAUCGGCAUUCAUCCCCUUCAGCUACGGUCCUCGCGCCUGCGUGGGUCGCAACGUCGCAGAGAUGGAAUUGGCCUUGAUCGUGUCCACCGUCUUCCGCAAUUACGAUUUCGAAUUAUAUCAAAAGGAAUUGGAGACGAGAGAAGGAUUCUUGAGGAAGCCUUUGGAGUGUUGGGUUGGUAUGAAGAGGAGGAAUGUUUGAAAAGUGUGGAGUGGAAGGAAGGGGGAGGUAGAGAUAUCUGUGGAUAUUUGGAUGUGUAUCUUAGGUCUUAUGAUGAAGAAUAUUAUG